AUGCCACACCUCGAUCGUGUCGCUGUGGAUUUCGAGACAUGGGCGGAGACGGCGCGAGCCAACUGGCCAGAGUACGUCGCAUUGCAGAUGCUCGAGACCCUUACCGAGGCGGAGGUGAAGGGGCUGGUGUUGGUUGCGUUGUCGAGCUCUGAUCGUGAAGAGGAGGAUAGGCAGCUCGCUCACGACGCCACUACAGCGAAGCUGACGGACGUUCGACUACGUGAGCUGCACUACUAUAAGAAUGCACCCAAAGCAUGCGCCGAUUGCUACUGCGUCUACGGCAACGAUAUCGGGGUCGGCAAUCUCUGGUACCCGAACGCACGACUUCACACACCGACGCUGUCCAUCAACAUCUGCGAGCUUGUCCAUGAGAUCGGCUUGGAACCAUUCAAAUUCGAGCUGCUCCCUCGUUUCCACGACGGUCCAAGAGGCGACCUCAUCUUCGACCGCAUCUUCGGCUCCGUCUGUCCUGCUCAUUGCGAAGAAGGACUUCUUCAGGAUAUGGUCGAUCUCCAAGGCGUGAUUCAAGUCCGCCCCGGGGGCGCGGGGGCGUUCACGCUCACCAACUGCCGCCCCAUCUGCCCUGUCUGCAUCGGAGUGUGCUCCCUGACCGACCAAGUUAGCAUGAUCCGGCGCUUAGAGGAGCUUCGAGGGAUCGCGAAUAUCGGCCGCUCCUACUAUCGCCUGCUCGUCCGCCUGGCCAUCCGAGGAUACUACUUCAAUCACCACGAACUCGACGACUGGUUCUACCCUGACCCAGCCGAGCUCGGUGAUGAUGGCGAGUUCGAGCGCUGGCCCGAGGCGGAAGACCCUCAUUCCAUUGCACCGGUUCUCAAUGGCGCUUCUGACGAUACCAUCGCGGCUCUGCCAAUCAAGAAGUACGUGCACGAUGGUGAUGAGAAAAGGCAGUGUCAGGUCUGUAAGGAGGAUUUUGUGGAUGGGGAGAAGGUCUUGGUGCUCCCGUGCAAGCAUUUCUUCGACAGAUACUGCAUCCAGCAGUGGCUGAAGAACAAGAGCUCGUGUCCGGAGUGUCGUGGGCCUAUCCCUGAGGGAUGA